AUUUUAAGAACAUGAAAUUCUUAUCUUUGAAAAUUUUAGGGAAGGGAGAGUGUGCGCGCCCCACGUCCCCUUAAAUCCGCCCAAACAUUUAGAUGAUUGAAGAUGCCACAUCAUUUUUCUACUCUUCAUGGGCCAAAUUAAGCCCUUAUCGGAUAAAGUUCUUUAUGCGCGUUGGUGCAUUCCCGCGAGAACGACGUAUUUAAUCUAUACAGAGAAACUGAUGCGUUUCACGGUUUUGUGCACAUAUACAAAUAAAAGAUGCUGUAUAUAAAUGAAAAUUGAAACAGUGUUCGACCCCCUCCAUCCCCCAAAGAAAGAGAAUAUUGGUGCCAUACAAUAAAAAUGGAAAAGCUUGAAUAUUUUGCAAUAUCAGACCUUAAAAGACCCGUGGACAGAUUCUCUCUACAAUAUGUCGAACAGGACUGCUAGAAAACAUGUUUGUAUUGCACUAGGUAAAUAUUGAUUGUGCGUGAAAACAGCGAACUGUUUCAUUCACGCACGCGUAAAAUAUAUUUAAUACAACCAGGUUUCAGUGAACAAUAUGGAAUAUAUAUUUAUUCCAUUUUGCUGUUAGCUUGUUUAAUCAUUCUAGCGGAAGUACCUAUCAAGUCUUGUGGAAAUAUCGUUCAGAGCAUAUGAACAAAAUAACACGGGAAAUUAUUCGGUAGUUGAUUGGCAGAGAAGUAUCAUGAAAAGGACCCGGCAGAUUUAUUUAGGGUGUUUAAUGAUUGUUUUGGUCCAGUGUCGCCGACACCAUGAAUUCUCUUAUGGAGGACACAGAUAUGGUCCCGCCAAAUGGAGCGAGACUUGGCGAGAAUGUGGUGGCAAGCGACAGUCACCCAUCAACCUGGACACAUCAAAAUGUACCAGAAGAAACUUCAAACUCAAAUUCAACAAUCACGGCGAAAUAUGCAGGGGUUACCUAAUCAACAACGGUCACGCCCCUACAUUCGUUGUCAGGAAAUGCAACAAGAAGAAGUACAUCACGGGAGUCCCUUUCUUCCCAAAGGUUGGCUACCAGUUGGCCCAGUGGCACUUCCACUUUGGUUCCAAGCGAGACUGGGGAACAGAGCACGCAAUUAAUGGAAAGAGAUACACCGCGGAGCUCCAUAUGGUCCAUUUCAACACAAAAUACCGUACUGUCACCAACGCCAUAGAUAAGAAAGACGGCAUCGCUGUUGUUGCAAUUCUUUUUGAGGAAGAUCCCGAUGCCCAGCUUUCUUCUAUUGAACGAUUUUUCAGAAAGUACGGUUCCCAUGUUAAUCGUCCAGGACAUGCUGUCAAAUCUCUGUUUAAUCCCGUUCCGUGUAUCCCGAAGUCCAGCGAAAUGUUUUUCUACAAAGGAUCACUCACAACGCCAGGAUGUUACGAGAGCGUCAAUUGGUUGAUUUUUAAGGAGCGUCAAGCGAUAUCGCCACGAACAAUGGCGUUCUUCCGGAAGUUGCAAACCUAUCAUCAUAAAGUUCCUAUAGCGGACUUAACAAACCUUCGACCGCUUCAAACACUUGGGAACAGAAAUCUAUAUUGUAACUUCUGAAUAUAAAUAAAGAAUGCCCAUGUGA